CGCAAAUGACGUGGCGACGAAACGACGGACGAUGCUCCGAUGGAUGCACGUUCUGACUCGAGCUCACGACAUCGACGGCGUGGUCAGCUCGAGCCCUAUAUAACACGCCGUUUUACAUCGACUCGACCCAUCUACUCUUCUUUCUAUCUAACCUUCACCAAGCUCUAUCGUCACCAGCUCUUGAACGAUACUCGCAGAUGUCAGUCAGCAUACAGGAGAUGACGCCGAAGCCAUCGAGGCCGUUGCCCAAGGCGGAGGAUAUCAAGAUGAUCGUUUCUGAUGUAGACGGAACCCUCCUCGACUCAACGCACUCCCUCCCCCCCACCUCCCCCACCCACCUCACCCUCCUCAAACUCCGCCAAACCCACCCCACGCUCCCAUUCAUAAUCUCCACCGGCAAACAACACCGCGCCACCUCUUCGCUCCGCGACACUUUCUCCCUCAACCACGCCUUCCACUCCAUCCACCUCAACGGAAACGUGAUCUACAACCCCGACGGCUCGAUCUUAAGGGAAAGCGGAUUCGAAAAGGAGGUGGUGUUGGAGGUGAUUGAGAGGUUGAGGGGCUGGGGGGAUGUGGCGUUUAUGGUUUAUGAUAGGGAGAGGGUUUAUGAGAUUUUGCCUGGGGUGAAGGGGCAUGAGGGGGAGGGGGAGGGGGGAGAGUAUACGGGAGAAUCGAUCUGGGCGGAUAAGUUGAGGGGGUAUGGAGAGGAUCUGGUUGGGUAUACGGUCGACGGGUCUAAGGAGAUCUUGAAACAGAUACGGAACGGAGAGAUAAAAGUGAUUAAGAUGGCGGUCGUGGCCGACGAGAGCAUCAUUGACUCGAAACGCGAGCUCCUACAGAACUGGCCACCGAACCUGAUAUCCUCCGGAACCUUCGCGAUCACCCAAGCUCUCACAUUCUGUCUCGAGCUCAUCCCCGCAGCGCACAAUAAAGGCACCGCCCUCGCCUUCCUCCUCGAGCACCUUAACUCCUCUGCCUCCUCCUCCACCUCUCCCACUGCCUCCUCCACCUCCUCACCACCCACCUUCGCAAUAUCCCCCGCCAACGUCAUAGUCUUCGGCGACGGCGAGAACGACGUCCCAAUGAUGCGCGUCGCGGGGAUGAGCGUCGCCAUGGGAAAUGCGAUGCGCGUGGCGAGGGAGGCUGCGGUUUGGGAGACGGGGACGAAUGAUGAGGGGGGUGUGGGGCUGUUUUUGGGGAGGGUGUUUUUUGGGGAGAGUUGAGUGGGGGAUGAGGAGUGAGUGAGUGAGUGAGUGGGCGGGGGAUGACGGGAAGGGUGAGAGAUGGGGAUGGGAGCUGGUGAUUAGUAUGAGGUGAGGAUAGAGAUCUCGAAGAGGUGUCGAGAGUUUUGUGGCUGAUUCGAACGACUCCUGCAUAGAGGUAGAUCGCCAGUGCUGCCCUCCUCCUUAGACUGCAGCUGCAAUGUUAUUUACUUUAUUUAGAUAAAGAGAAUAGAAGCAAUAGAUAGGAUCCUAUAAUGGAGAAUAAUAUACACACGAAAAUAACAUGAUAACUCCCUCUCCUCCCCGUUCCCUCCUUAAGCUUCCCCCACUCUCCUCGUCUUCCUCGUCUACUCUUCCCGUUCUUCCUUCCUCAGACUCCCAGCCAUUCCACCCACACACUCAAUCACUCACUCGGCGUGUCACGCAUACCUGCACCUGCACGCCCAACAGCUUCCACCUCCAAACGUUCCCGCCCAUCUUUCCUCCUCUCUUCAGCACGGCCAACAGACCUACCCACCCGACCAACCAUUAUUGCAAUCCUCCAAUUCUCCGAAGAUUCCCCGAAACCCAAUGUGCCCAUCCUACGUCCAAGCUCAAGCUCAACUCUCCCUCUCCCUCCCGAUUACGAUUGCAAUUGCAUAGUCCCACCGCACCGCACCGAAUAGCAUGUGCAUGAACGCCUCGCUGCCAGCCGCCCGCAGCUCCAUUCUAUCCGCCCUUCCAUUGCCGCAGAUCCCAACCAAGACCAAGGCCAAACCCUCUAACCGACCCGAACCACAUUUCUUCGUUUCACAACUUCGACGUCCUUACACCCGCAGAACACUCAAUACGUCCCCCCAGCAGCCGCAGCCCUCCGUCUCCUACUCCUCGAGCUCCAGCCAUACCCGUCACUCCGCCGAUGGCCCGCGCGCGCGCGGCCAGUCCCGCAGCGGCAGCAGAGGAUGUCGAGGAGGACGUCGAAGAUCGUUACGAGGAUUAGGACGAUCGCGCUGACGAUGGCUUCGAGGAGGUAUGCGACGGCUGAGAUUAUGGCGAUGAUGCCGGAGCCGAUGGCAGAGAAUAUGGAGCCCAUAGUCAACUACGAAUAUUCUCGUUCGCUGCAAACUCCGAAUUCGAACUUCAACUAUACACCACCAAGUCCAAUCCAAGCACGGACAGAACAGGAAGCAGCAAACAGAUGGAAGACGGCGACGGCGAAAAGCACCAGGUGCAGCCAAAAGGCGUCAACACAACAGAACAGAACAGCGCAGAGGAAGGAAGAACAAUCGCAGCGCGAAGCGACCCCAACACCUUUUAUAUAUCACACCUACUUUGCCCGACCCCCACACAUGCUCACCCCGUCCUUCCCUUCAUAACGCAAAUGAAAACACUCGGAGCGCCUCGAGG